AUGGCUGCUGCUUUAGGUAUUCAAGGCUCUUUUGGCAAUGGCGUCUUCAAAGACAAAGAGAAGCCCAUGGCUGUAAGAAGUGCAAAUAUUCUCGCUGCGAGAGCAGUAUCAGAAGCAGUGCGUACCAGUCUUGGGCCUCGAGGAAUGGACAAAAUGAUUCAGAACGGCAAAGGAGAAAACCUGAUCACGAACGAUGGAAACACGAUGCUCAAAUCCAUGGCAGUAAUGCACCCUACCGCAAAGAUGAUGACGAACCUCUCGAACGCACAGGAUAUUGAAGCAGGAGACGGGACAACUUCUGUGGUCAUUAUAGCUGGAGCUCUCCUCGGAGCGGCAGACAGACUCCUACAGAAAGGCAUACACCCUACAGUAAUCAGUGAAUCAUUUCAGCGUGCCGCAGCAGAAGCCGUGAAGGUUUUAGAGGGCAUGAGCAUGAAGAUCGACCUCUCGGAUCGAACGAGCUUGCUUCAACUGGCUGAAACUAGUUUAUCCUCGAAAAUAGUUGGUCAUCACCGAGACCUACUGGCCCCGAUGAGUGUCGAUGCCGUGCUCCGUGUCAUUGAUCCUAAGACCAGCACUAACGUCGACCUACGAAACAUUCGGAUCGUGAAAAAGGUGGGUGGUACCAUUGAGGAUACAGAGAUGGUCAAUGGCCUUGUUCUGAAUCAACCAGUAAUCAAGUCUGCUGGCGGACCUACACGUAUCGAGAAAGCACGGAUAGCAAUCAUCCAAUUUCAGUUAUCCCCGCCGAAACCAGACAUGGAAAACCAGAUUGUCGUCAAUGACUACCGACAAAUGGACAAGAUAUUGAAAGAAGAAAGACAAUACCUCCUAAAUAUGGUGCAGAAGAUUAAGAAGGCGAAGUGCAAUGUGCUGUUGAUACAGAAGAGCAUAUUACGAGACGCAGUCAACGAGAUGUCUUUAAACUUCUUACAGCGACUCAAGAUUUUAGCGAUCAAGGAUAUCGAAAGAGAGGAAGUGGAAUUUCUGUGUAAGAGUACUGGAUGCAAGCCAAUAGCCAACAUCGAUUCUUUUACCGAGGAUAAACUUGGCAGCGCAGAUCUUGUUGAGGAAGUGUCGAACUCAGGAGCUAGAUGGGUCAAGAUUACUGGUAUCAAUUUGCCCAAGCCUACUGCUGGUUCGCCCGUGAACAACACAGUUUCCAUUGUGGCGCGAGGGGCAAACACGCUCGUACUUGACGAGGCUGAAAGAUCUCUACAUGAUGCACUAUGUGUUAUUAGAUGUCUGGUCAAAAAGCGUGCGCUGAUAGUAGGUGGUGGUGCACCAGAAAUCGAAGUUGCCAAUCACCUCUCCAAACUUUCAAGAUCUCUAUCUGGUACAGAGUCAAUAUGUUACAAGGCUUUUGCAGAUGCAAUGGAAGUUAUACCCACGACGCUGGCAGAAAACGCUGGUCUUAAUGCCAUCAAAGUGGUGACGGAGUUGCGAAGUCGGCACGAAAAAGGUGAGAAGGGCGCAUUUGUCAGUAUAAGAGGUGGAGGUGUGGCAGGAGACGGCAGUGAGCGGGUAUUACAGCCUCUACUGGUAUGCACAAGUGCGAUUGAACUGGCUAGUGAGACGGUAAAGAUGAUCCUCCGAAUUGACGAUAUUGCCUUAAGCAGGUAG